GGGUGCGCGGGCGGCCCCGGGGCCGGGCAGCUGUGCUGCCUGCGGGAGGAGGGCGAGCGAUGCGGCCGCGCCGCCGGCAACGCCAGCUUCAGCAAGCGCAUCCAGAAGAGCAUUUCGCAGAAGAAGGUGAAGAUCGAGCUGGACAAGAGCGCCAGACAUCUGUACAUUUGUGACUUCCACAAAAAUUUAAUUCAGAGUGUGAGAAAUAGAAGAAAGAGGAAAGGCAGCGAUGAUGAUGGUGACUCACCAGUGCAAGACAUCGACACUCCAGAGGUUGAUUUAUAUCAGUUACAAGUAAACACACUUCGAAGGUACAAAAGACACUUCAAGCUACAGACCAGACCGGGACUUAACAAAGCACAGCUUGUUGAAAUAAUUGGCUGCCAUUUUAGGACAAUUCCAGUGAAUGAAAAGGACACCUUAACAUACUUCAUCUACUCAGUGAAGAAUGACAAGAACAAACCAGAUCUAAAGAUGGAUAGUGGGGUUCAUUAGGCAGAAAAGGUUGGGACUGAGACUCAGAUUGCAAAUCAAAAGACUGAGAUUUUGUUGAUAUGCAAAAGCUUUCUUUGUAACUUUUUCUCCUGAGAGAGUUUGUCUGUUUUAUUUUUCAUAACCUUGCUGAUUUGUUUGAAGACCAUCUCUUAUGAAACAGACUUCCUCAGCAAAAGUAUUUUAAAUAAAUAUCACUGAUAUUGUUGCUCAAAUGGGUGUGUCUG